AUGCGGUUGUGGUGGUUGGUGGUCGUGGUUACAAAUGUAGAGUUACUCACGACGGCCGAGGACGUCAGCUAUGUAUGGUGUGAUACGAGUGAGUUUAAAGUUGUCUACUAUAACAUGUUUGUGUGGGUGUAUGUGUUGAUUUUAAAGUAAGAUCGUUAUAUUGUUUUUUGAUUUUUUACUCUAAGUUACUUAAAAGUAGUUUCAUAACAGUUUUAAGUCUAUUAUUUACUAUAGUGUUUAGUUGAAUGUACGUUAUUGUUCUUGCCAUCAAGUGAUGUGGAGAAAGGGGCCGAGGUCAAUAAAUGUAAGUCAUUUGGGUUUUACAGGUCGAUACCUAAUCAGUUACAUCAAGUUUCAUUUUUUUCUUUUCAUUUUCUUCCUGUAGCUUUAUUAGUUUACAUUUCUCCUAUAUCUUCUUUAAUAUUAUGUAAUUUAUAGUUUUUAACUCUGUAACUUGAUAAAUCUUCUUUAAUAUUACUGUAGUUUAUACCUUUUAAUUCACUGUAACUUAACUUGAAUUUUCUUUAACAUUGAUUAAAUUUCAGUUGUGUACGUACCAAACCAAGAGUUAUAUGAAGAAUGGGGCGAUAAUAAAACGGAGAUUUUUAUUGUGGAGUACGGUAACAUGUCCAGCAACUAUAUGUAUCCGGGGUCAUUUGCAUCUACUCUUUUCGAAAACUACACUUUCACGUACACAUAUAUACCGUCGUUGGGUCGUUUCAACGACAUUAUAAAGCCCAUGUAUCCUAAUAUGUAAGUCAAUCUUAUUUAUUUGGUUUUUGGUCAAAAAGUCUGUAGAAAAAGUUAAAAUGUAUAGUUGUUAGUGGUUAUUAUGUUAUACUACAUUAUAUGAAAGUCUAAUUUCAGUUCAUCAGUGACAGCCGCUGUUGAAUGGUUGAUGCAGCACAGACUCAGCACGAUAUAUUCAUAUGGAAAAGACAUGAAGGAAGGCAGGUGCAUGGAUAAGUAUGGUUAUCGAGCGGUGAGUUUGUCUUUUUUUAAAGUUUAAGUAAAAAUAUAUUGGGAUUGGCAGUUUUGAAGGCGAGUUUGUACCUGGAGGGGUAAUGAAGUCUUUUGUUCAACAGGCAGGGCAAAUUUCUUAAUUUCAAGAGGGAGUUUCAUGUUUUUUUCCAUUUUCAGAACUAUCUACCCGCUUCAUUCACGUGUAUGAGUUUGCUCAACUUGCGGUCGGAUGCUUCUUUAUAUAAUAAACAGUACUAUACAGGACCAGUUACGUGGAACAGGAUACGUUUUGACCAAGACGACUAUAUGUUACGGCUCAUGUUAACCAACAAUGAGUAAGUUGGCGUACUGAAGGUUUAGUACGUUUGGCUUAUGUUAUAAAAUAUAGCGUUGUGUUACGUUUGCGACCAAAACAUAUAUUGUAGUAGGCACAUAUGUGACAAAAGUUUGAGCAUUGUCGUGUUUUAUAUCUACUACAAUAUUUUUUAUAUUAUUGUACUUGUUAUACGGUUUCAGAAUGUCAGCAAUCUUGAUAUCUGAUGACAUGCCAUUAUCUAUGGCGGAUUAUCUAACUUGUAAACAUACGAAUCUCGCUGACACGGAUGUCAAUGCUUGUCACGCCGUUUUCGGUCUAUUUUCAUACAGUAGAAUAUGUUGCUGUUACACUAAAUAUUGUGAUAACUUGUACCCAUCAGCUGACAAAUUAAAGGAGUACCAAGUUUGUCCGUAUGGUCAGCUUGAUAUUGAUGAACAUUCUCCGAUCGUGCGAACAUACGAACACGAUCAUUUUGGAGAGCAAAGUAUCGCCAAGAUGUGCUACGUAUCAUACGAUGUUACCGUGAGGAAGUAGGUGUAAUACUGUAGUACUGGUUGGUAUAGUAGGAAAUGUAGCUUAAGUUUUUUGUGGUACUAUAAUCUAAUUUGCCGUAGUUAUCUCGUUGUCUCAUGGUACAUUUGAGACCUAAAAAUAUUUUUCUUUAUAUAGUGACACAAAUGGUACUGUAACAAAGAUGACAAUCCGCUUACGAGGUACCAAUGACACUUCUGAAAGUUGGCAUGAAGAAUCUAUGGGAAAGAUUCAAACGUGCAGGCAUAACAUAACACAAUGUCCGAACAUUGAGGACGAUGGCUUCAGAACGGAAGGGAUGUCUGCUCAAUGUUAUUGUGAAGACCCAGCUGCUUGUUUCAAAUCUAUGGGGAAGACGUAUAAUAUACUCAACGCGUUUUACGGCGCAACUGAUGUGGUAACUCUUUUUUUUUAAAUUUAUGUGGAUUGAUGUUGUUAGACAUCUACUAUAAAAUGUAUUUCAUCAUUCUGUAACUUCCAGAAAGACUACACAUGCCUACGGAUAACUGCUUCUGCAGAUUCUGUGAUAGCACCAGAUAUAUGUGCCACUUAUAUUGACACGCAAUUGAAAAAGUUUGUCCGGUUGGUGUUGUAUAACAAUAUGGUAUCCUAUGAUUAUGUUGGAACUUUUAAAAACAUCCAUCUUGACAAAUAUGAUGAAAGGUUGGUGGGUAAGACGGUCAACCUUUACUAUUUGAUUGGCUACGUGCAGGAGUCGGUACUAGAGUGUGAAGAUACAGUAUACCCGAGGGAAUCGAUACAGAAUCGAGAGUUGAGGGCUUGGUACUUUUUUAUGUGUAAGUAUAGUUUGAGGUAACUUGUCCUAGAGCACUUUAUUUUGAAAUUACUUGCCGUACAUUAGUUUUGUUUGAAAGGAUCUUCCCUACAUCUACAUCAUAUGAAGGUCAUUUUUUAGGUAACUUUACAAAAUGUGACCAGAUAUUUGAGGAGAAAGGAGUGGAGAUUCUGGAGAAAGAAGAAAAGUACAAGCCUCACUGCCUAGAGUACAAAGACACAGUCUACAAUCUCACCCAUGCCGACCUGAUUGAAGAUUUUGAGGCCUUCUUUAGUGAAAUGAAGUUAGAGAACAAUGGUAAAGUCGUUUUAAAUUUAAAUUUUACACGGAAAUUACUCUACGUGCCCCACUCAGAACCAGCUAAAAAUUUUUAUAUGAAUUGUUUGUGCUGACAAUUGGGAAAUAAUAAAUUGUACGAUUUAGUGAAUACCUCAUUCUGUGUCAUACGGUACAUUUCCCCCGUCUUUCAAAAAGAUGCUGAAAGUUAUUCCUUCAAGACUGGAAUCGUAAGUGGUACAAUUUAUGUUGAGGGAGGCUAAUUUAAAUAAUUUUAAGUGAAACAAUUAAAAUAAUUUAAAAUUUCGAUUUUUUCAAUGCCACAAUUAUACACAAGUUCCAAUGUAUCAUUAUUAUAAUCAUUUGCUUGAACCUUGUUUUAGGUGACAUCAGAAGAUUACAAGAAGGAGAUUGAUUGCCCGUCUUCAAACAACAAGUCCGACGACAUAUGUAUAGCCAAUAAGCAUCUCUUGACUUUUUGUUGCAGACCUUACUUCAGUGCAAUGUACAACGGUGAUGCUGCGAACUACACAGGCAUGAUUCAGAAGGACUUCCAGACCAAGAUGACAGAUUUUUGUAAGUUUUUUCAAAUUGUUUUGGAAUUUAUGGCGUUUUAUUGGCGCUAGGACAAAUGCGGUUUUUAGACACUUGCGGAUCUUCGGUUUUUGGACACUUGCGGAUUUUGGACAUUUGCGGAUUUUUUAAAGGGGAUUUUUUUUCUUUUUUAGUUAAUUUAUUUGUAGUAUGGUACUAAAUGAUACUAAAGUUUAAAUUGGUACUGUUUUAAUAUGUUUUAGUGCUAAAUAGUACUAAAUUUUAAAUUGGUACUGUUUUAUAUUUUUUGGUAUUGAAUGGUACUAAAAGCCCAAAAAGGUACUACUGUUAUGUUAAAACCGCACCAAUUUAAACUUUCGUACAAUUUAGUACCAUACUACAAAUAAAUUAACUAAAAAAUAAAAAAAAACCUUUAAAAAAUCCGCAAAUGUCCAAAAAUCCGCAAGUGUCCAAAAACCGAAGAUCCGCAAGUGUCUAAAAACCGCAGAUCCGCAAAUGUCCAAAAACCGCAUUUGUCCUAGCGCCGUUUUAUUCAUGCAUGAGUGGUACUUUUUAGUACAAGUGCUGAAGAUUUUAAAAGUUUCAAAACCUGAAUUUUAAAAGUAAAAUUUAAAUUUGACAUUUCAGUGGUUCCUACUAACGCAACGGAUAUAGAGAGUAGGGUAGCGGAUCCUGGGUCAUGUAUACUGGACUUAAAUGGAAUGACGACGACUGAUGUGUGUGUGGAGAAGCCUGGUUGCUUCUCGGAGUUUCUUUUCAGCACAACCAAGGUAAGUUUUUCUACCUUCAUUAUAGUUGACAUUGCUACAAUAUCAGUUUUAUUUUACUUGAGUUAGGUCGGGUGGGGCGUUCUUUUAAAUUUUAAAGUAAAUGGCAUUUACAUACCUAAAACAGACCAUUUUAGAAUCACAUCUCAACCGGAUGCAUCCAAUCAGCCGUAGCGACCACGAAAGAAUCAAAAGACGUCUACAUUCAUUACAUUCACGCCGGCUCCAUCUGCGACAUCAAGCACCAUUACACCAAGUUUGUCACAAUAUACAAUGGCACGUGUGCAGUAGUAAACAAUGGCAUGCCAUCUCUCGAUGACGUCGCUAACUAUUGGCAAGAAGACAUUGCUGAUAGUGAACGGCUACGCACUCGAAAGCUGUUAUGUUGUUGUAGAGAAGAUACCAAGUGUGGCAACGACCUGGUACGUUACCUCGAGUACUAUGGCGAUUUCUUGGACGAAAAUCAAGAUGAAUUUGAACUAGAUAUCAAAAAGUUCUAUAACGUAGAUGACAUUGAUGAUCUCCUCGAAUUUGCACCAGAAGAUGAUGAUGAAGAGUUUACAUAUGACUUUGAUAGACAAGAAUAA